AUCAGGCUGCAACAAUUAUGGCUUCUUCAUAGCUGGAGUUUGAAACAGACGUCAAUCCCGCAUUGGAAGCAGAGGGCGAAGAAACAAACGCAAACACAAGUUCAACAUUCAGCAGUGUAUUAUUGCGUCCCUGAAUUGAUAUAGCUUGAUUAAGAUGGGAAGCAUUAUCUCCGCUAGUAAUUUCAGUAGGUUUGGCAAGCGCCACGAUGACGACUUCUCAGAUAGACUCAGUCAUCAAUUCACGUGUAUCCUCCUCCUCAUAUCCUCCCUAUUCGUUACAGGCAGACAAUAUUCGGGCCAUCCCAUCGACUGUUGGACACCGGCGCAUUUUAAAUCAACGAUGAACAAUUAUGUCAUGAGCUUAUGUUGGACUAAGAAUACAUAUUACGUGGCCCAGGAUGAAGACAUUCCCAAAGAUGAUGACAGCCGCUCUGCUCUGGAAUUGGUAUAUUAUCAAUGGGUCCCGUUGAUUCUCUUAACUCAGAUGGCAUGUUUUUUCCUCCCGAGUAUUGUAUGGAAAAGUAUACAAGCCAGCUGCGGUGUUGACAUACACAGAAUCGUAAAACUGGUCAACAAUGCAAAAAACAUCAAUCCAACAGAGAGGGAAAAGAAUACGGAGUUUGUCGUGGAGACGCUCUGUCGUUACUUCAAUUGCCAAAACAAGAGCCAGACCUAUACGGCGCGCACUAGGACAUGUAUCGCCAAGAACACACAUAUUCUGUGCGGAGACACGUAUGGCAACAGAAUGAUCGCAUCCUAUCUGAUAAUCAAGUUACUGUACAUUGGGAACGCAGUCGUCCAGAUAAUUCUACUCAACGCUUUCUUGAAAACCGGAACAAACUACACAUUUUUCGGUUUUGAGGUCCUCCUAGAUUUAGUGCGAAGCGGAGAUUGGACCACUUCAGAUAACUUCCCACGUACAACGCUUUGCGAUUUCAAAAUUCGUGAGUUCGAGGACAACAUCCACCGUUAUACUAUCCAGUGUGUGUUGUCAAUCAAUCUAUUCAACGAGAAGAUCUAUAUCUGUUUGUGGAUCUGGUUUGUUCUCGUUGCCGCAGUCUCCUCCUAUAGCUUCAUUUCCUGGUAUCUAUUUUCCAUAUUGGACGGACACAAGCAUCGCUACAUCAAAUCACACCUCCAAAACCUCGGCGUGUAUAAUCCGUCGGAGAGAGGACUCCUCGAUGAGUUCAUUGAGAGUUACAUCAGACAAGAUGGUCUCUUCAUCCUUAGGAUUCUCACCGCCAACACGAGUGAUAUCGUCGCUGCCGAAGCGUUCGCAGGAGUCUGGUUGAGGUUCAAACAGCAAAGCAAUCGCAGGAAAAACGGUAUCAAGCCUGAAGUGGAUGAAAAUGAUUAUAGUACCGACUGUACAAGCGACCUAGAAGAGAUUAAAAGUGAAUGCGGUGAACACUUGGACGAUGAUCCGAAAUAUAUUGAAAUGCAGGAGAUGAAGCCGUUUAUUAAGACACCAUCGGCUCCUCCUUUGAACAUAGAUGAGCCAGAUUCAUAUGUGGAGUUCCAUGAUAACCAAUUAAAAAUAUUGGAGAAGCAAGCACCUUGAAGAUCAGAGGAGACGCUGCAAAGAGUAAACGAUACUAAAAAGCUUAGCCUUUUUCAUGAACAUAUAUGAACAUACGUGACAUAUAAAACAUAAAUCAUUCAAAGAAUUUUAUCAAUUUCGACAAAACAAUUUCGAUUUGUACGUGAAUAGUUUUGAAUAUAAAAAUACGUUUUAUAUUUUACCAAUGAA